AUGGUGACUGUUCGUAUACAAGCCAAAGACGGUAAUAUUGUGAGGAUUGAAACGAAUCUCUUGAACUUGAUUCCCACUCUUCACAGAAAAAUUAGCGGCGAAUCUGAUGAACAGGAUGGUAAACUUUAUGUGGAAAUAAACUCAGAAGUCCUUCAAGAAAUCAUUGCGUGGUGUGAAUACCACAAUAGAUGCCCAACUGAGAAGGACAACAAGAGAGAAGGCAAUAGGUCUUCAUGGGAACUCUGUGAAUGGGACAGAGGAUUUUUCUUGGAAAAUCGUCAAAAAUUUGACGAACUUGUGGAUGCGGCUAUCGUGCUCGAUAUGGAACAUCUUUGUGAUGCUUGCUCAAUCUACGUCACAGAGAGAUUUAGAGAAUUCACUGAGUAUGGACAAUUACUGGGAUACCAACACAGUUUUUAA